UCUAAUCACAAAAGGGGGGUAAAUACUUUAUACCUAAUUCUCACAAUUAAUCUGCAUGCAUACAUUAUUGCCUUUAAGACAGCUGUAAAGGACCAUGACCAACUGAACUGAGAUUUGUGCAUUUUAUCAUCUUCAGCUACUUCAGCUCUUCGUAGGUGAAAAAGUAGCAAAGCGAAUCUUUGACUGUAUUUGGAUGAUAGAAGAGACUGACAGCAGACGUGAUAGAAUGAAAACUAAAGCUGUUGUGCUUUUUGCUUGUGUCAUCUACAUGGUUUUUCUUGUAGUUGAAAUCAGGUGUGCUCCAAAGGGUAAAACCACAGUGAGAAAUUGGGGCCCACAGUCAAUUCUAUAUCUCAAAGGACGCUAUGGCAGGAGAUAUGCCUCUGAUAACGAUGAACAGUAUUACAAGCUUAACCUGGAGGACUUCAGUGCAUUUUUAAAAAGCUGUGUUCAACACCAGUGAGCAUUCUGAAAAUCAGAAGAUUUACAGCCCAAAACACAGACAUCAGAUGCUUGGAAUAAAACGAAGCUUUGCUUUACUUGCUGCAAACAUCUCAUUCUGGGAAAAAAAUACAAAUUUUAACUGAAUGUUAAUACUGUAAAUGUCACAACGUAAGCCUCUUUAAAGAUGUGCACAUGUUCCAAGAGAAAUCUUCAUUAAACUUUCAUACAUAAGUUAAUAAAACUAAAGGCUUACUAAUACAACUUGUUCCCCCCCCCCCCGUACAUUAUAUGGAAGAUACCUUGUAAAUAACUUAAAAGCUCGUAAGUACCUUAAUUUUCUUAGUUGUCUAUGGAAAGCAGCAGUUCAAAAUAUAAGCAUUUUUUUGCUCUCCUUUGAGAAGUUCUUUCCAAAAUCUGUCAUGUGUGAUGCUACAAGAUUCAUUUAACUUCAUGAACUGUAUUUAGCCUCUCUCUGUGCCUGAGCCUAUCACUCUCCCAUACUAGUCUGCCAAAGACAAUGAGGUGUCUCCCUGUAGAUACAGUUGCGACUCUCACAGCAAAUGCCAAAUAUCAUCU